AUGUGCGCGAUAGCGUCCGGGCCUAACUCCAUUCCAGUCUCCCCAGAUUGGGGGAGGAGGAUGUGUAGGGAGAACGAGCGGAAAUACGCCGAGGGACAAGACGUGGGGGAGACUAAGCAGCCCUCGGCAGACCAGUCGCACGCCGAGGCGGUGUUGCAAAACAAGGAAGGGCCUAGACGUCGACGGGACCAGGGCCGCAAGCUGAACGCCGCCGCCACUGAAGGGGACCAACCGCAGGUCACUAACACUAAAGAACUACAGUGGUGGCGCGAGCAGAGGGCGCAGGAAGACGCCACACCCAAAGGGACUCUGUGCAGUGUGGGAAUGACCGCCGUACUACGAGUCGAAGUGGUUGGCAACCAGUGCGAAGCUCUACUGGAUACCGGAGCCUCGAGGAGCUUCAUCAACCCAGGGACGGUAGAACGCCUGCAGCUGAGAGCUCGGAAGCUGCCCGAGGAACACGUGUUCACCGUAGCUAACGGUGGGCAGUUGAGAAUAGAUCGCGUAAUGAAGGGGCUCAUUAUGUGGUGUGGGGCGACUCGUUUAGCCGGCGACUUCUUAGUCGGGCCGGUGCCAUAUGACUUAGUGGUGGGACUUGAUUGGCUGACUAAGCAUAGGGUAGCGUGGUAUUUCCAGUCUGAUAAGCUACGCACGUAUGUGGAUGGCCAGUGGUGCGAUCUACCGGUUGUUCGUGCCACUGAUGUCACCCAACGGAGCGACGGUACACUAGGGACGCGUCAACGGACCCCCGCUGAGCAGGCGUACGACAUACUGGCUAAGCAGGUGGCAGACAUGUCUAAGGAGGAAGCUACGGCACUUCUACGACCACCCCCUAAGAGAUAUAAGCCGCCUCCGAGGGGCAAGGGGAAAUCCGUGGUUGCGGUCUUGUUACAGCAGGCUUCGGAGGGUGCAGCUUGCAUACACCACCCACUUCAAGGGCUCUACGUUAUACUAGUGCUCCCCGCGAUGGAGUCCGACGUGGCUCUGCGUUUAGUGGAGGAGCGGCAAGGGGCUUUAUGUUGUGCCUUAAUCGAAGUCUCCCCUUCCAACCCCCACCGACAGUGUCUUAAGGCACUACCCGCUUCCGCGUUUCCCGAUGACGAGGAAACAUCCCCUUGGCCAACGGCGAAACUAGAGUACUCGAAAUUUGAUGCGUGGCUAACCUCCGUG